AUGCAGACGAAAAUCCACGAAUUACUUCCCUUAGAUCAGCCGAAAUUGUUUAGGCAGAAAUUUUCCUACUCUCUCUCUCUCUGUCACUUCCGACCCCAAACGAUUCUCCCAAUCUAUCUAUCUAUCUAUCUAUCUAUCUAUCUAUCUAUCUAUCUCAGUCUGCUCAUAUCUAUCUAUCUAUCUAUCUAUCUAUCUAUCUAUCUAUCUAUCUAUCUAUCUCAGUCUGCUCAUAUCUAUCUAUCUAUCUAUCUAUCUAUCUAUCUAUCUCAGUCUGCUCAAAUCUAUCUAUCUAUCUAUCUAUCUAUCUAUCUAUCUAUCUAUCUAUCUCAGUCUGCUCAUAUCUAUCUAUCUAUCUAUCUAUCUAUCUAUCUAUCUAUCUAUCUAUCUAUUCGCCCUUGCAUAGAAUACUACUGCCAUAUAUGGUCUGGAGCCCCCGCUGUUCGCCUUAAGGUUUCCUUUGUAAAAAAAAACAAAAAAAUCUUCCCUUUACGUUCUUCCAACUUCUCCGUGUUCGUUCUUCUUUCUUUCUUUCUUUCUUUCUUUCUUUCUUUCUUUCUUCCUUCCCUUCUUUCUUUUUUUCCUUCCUAUCUUUCAUUCUUUUUCUUUCUUUCUUUCUUUCAUUCUUUAUUUCUUUCCUUCCUUCUUUCCUUACUUCCUUCCUUCCUAUCUUUCUUUUUCUUCAUUUCUUUCUUUCUUUCUUUCCUUACUUCCUUCCUAUCUUUCUUUCUUUUUCUUCAUUUCUUUCUUUCUUUCUUUCUUUCUUUCAUGCUUGAGUAA